AUGGCGGCGCCCAGGGGUGGUGUGAACUGCGAGGAGUUCGCCGAGUUCCAGGAAUUACUCAAGGUGAUGAGGACAAUUGAUGACAGAAUAGUACAUGAAUUAAACACUACGGUUCCAACAGCUUCCUUUGCAGGGAAAAUUGAUGUCAGCCAAACCUGUAAACAACUUUAUGAGUCUUUGAUGGCAGCUCAUGCCAGUAGGGACAGAGUCAUAAAAAAUUGUAUAGCCCAGACCUCAGCAGUAGUAAAAACCCUCCGAGAAGAGAGAGAAAAGAAUUUGGACGAUUUAACGUUAUUAAAGCAACUUAGAAAAGAGCAGACAAAGUUGAAAUGGAUGCAGUCAGAAUUGAAUGUUGAAGAAGUUGUAAAUGACAGGAGCUGGAAGGUGUUUAAUGAACGCUGCCGAAUUCACUUCAAGCCUCCAAAGAAUGAAUAAAAAAAAGAAAGAUACUUUUUAUUUAAAGGACCGGGUCAUCUCAUAAGAGCUAAGCAUGACAGAUAUCAACAGGGCAGGCUUCCUAGGAUGAUUUCUGAGCCAACAGUCCAAGACCUUUUGUUGAUUUCAGCCUCACUUAGCCAAGACCUCAAAUAUAAAUAAUUCUGAUAAUUGUGGAGAAAUCAACUGCUAUUUUAUACUGAUUCUAUAAAAAAAAAGUUUUGUAACUAUUAAAAUAAUUUUCUGACUCAG